AUGAAUGUUAAACUUAUUGCAGGAGUUUUGAAGUUCAGUUAUGCAAAGGAGUUUAAGAUAACACGAAUGAGUCAUAGAGUUCAACUUCUUUUAGGAGCAUACCAUAUGACAUUUCCUUUGAAAAGUAUUGACAAAACGAUUGAGAUGAAAUCUGUUCCAUACGUAUGUUAUGGUAAUUGUUUGUACAUUGAGUCAAAAAUAGCUAAUGUCACAGGCAUUUCAGGAGUUAAUAGUAAAGGUUCAGUAGAGUAUAAAUCUUUCUGUUAUGCAGUCAAUUCAAUGUUCAUUCCAAACGUUCCUGUCAUAGCAACUCAUUUAGGUAAAUGGGUUCGCAUUAGUCCUCAUAAUUUGAAAGACAUGCAAUUCAGACUUGUUGACUUUCAGGGCGAGCCUGUAGAACUGAAGGCACCAGUGCGAAUGACUGUUGAAGUUGACUUUUUAGAAAAUAUUAAAUGCAACAGCUUACAAGAGAACUCAGAGCUAAAAAUAUAA